AUGGUGGAGGCUCAAGCAGAGGCAGGUCCAAGCUCGGCGCCCAACCUCAGCCUCUUGCCAGCCAACGUGCUCACGAUUUUCCUGGCACGCUUUCACGUUCGACAUGGCAACCAGAUCGAUUACCAGUACCCUUCUCCCUCGAAGAGUGACAGUAGCACUCAAGCCAAGCUCAUAGAUAUCGAUGAUGAUGACACACUACCCAAGCCCGAUCAGGAUCACGUGCUCGACCUCACAGGUGUCGAAUGGAAAGUGCUCCCUAGCGGCGGCCAUCUCAUCGAAAAGGACGUCAUCUAUUUUCAAACCUCUCAUAAAGGCAGUACCGGCGUCGCUUGUUUCCGUAAUGUCAAGCUCGAUGACACUAGCGCAGAUUCUUGCGCUCAACGUGGAGCCCGCAUGGUCAGCGUAGGGCUCAUCCUUCAAUGCGAAGGACGCCUCGACCAAUACUCGUCUUCUUUAGCUCAGCAACUCGCCAUCGUACCGCAUCUGUCCAACCUGGAAACGCUUGCCGAUGAAUUAGUACACAAUCCCGAAGACCUCUCGCCGCUCAGGACAUAUUAUGAGAUGCACAAGGCUCGGAGCGACACCAUCAGCGCACCAGACAUCAGGACGAUGGACGAAAAGCGCAUGAAGCAGUUGCGCAUGAGACGUCGUCGAGAUCCACGCAACCUGCCACACGACCCCAUCUCGCACAUGCCUGCGCUCUGCGGUUCGCUCGGAGCGCUUCUGCCACACUUGCUCAAGAAACUCAUGCUUCCACGUCAUCGCUUGCUCAUCUUUUCGCCAUCUCCGCCCAUCGUCUACGCCGCACAACUAGGAUACAACCUCGCAGAUCUCGUGGCUCUGGGGAUCGCUAGGUCCGGCAAAAGGCACGAAAAUCUACAAGCGUUUGCUCGUCGUUGGAUUGUUCAGGUCAAAGGUCAGAUUGGAGUACAUGACAUUUCAGCGUUGGAAGACGAGGCAAAACGACGCAACGAAAAUACAGAAACAAUGUUGCAGCCGAGCUGGAUCGCUUGGUCGACGGAUAAGAUCCUCCUGGAGAAGCCGCAUCUAUUCGACAGCGUCCUCGACUUGACACCGCUCAUCACGUCUGAUUCGAAAGGUUUGUUGGACGAAGCCUGCUUGGAAAACGCCACGACUAUGGCUCGUUUGUCCACUGUUGUUCGUCCGUCAGCUGCUGCUGCUGCUGCUGCCGCUGGCCGCGGUGCUGCAAAGGCUCAGCUUAAUUCGCAGAGCUGGACAACUCGAGAAUUUGCCACAUUCAAUGAGCUUGAUGCUCAGGCGCAACGUCACGCCGAACGAGCCGAACGCUUAGGCGCGGGCGCCUGCGUCAGCCGUCGUAAAUCGAAGAACAAGCUGGGCCGCUCCACAUCUCGUCGAUCCGAGGACCAGCAUUUGGAGCGCAAUGGCGACAUCGAGUAUACACACGAGCAGACAGAUGCGGUUUCGCAGUGGCGAGGCGGAUGUGCGCGAUCCCCGCGUCGCAGCGGUGCAGGAACGUUGAGCGCAGUGCUGGCGUUUCUGAGAUACUGGCUCGCAGGGUGGUGGUUCCUCCCCAGUCACUGGCGAUACGGACUUCCGGCUGCCUACGUGUUGCCAUUGGGCAUCCGAGGGGACGGAGGUGUGCGAGCGAGCAUUCUAGUCAUGCCCGAGGAUGAGAGCGAUGAAGACCAGGACGACUUGGAUCAAGCCGAGGAUCGAGAGAUCGCAGCCGAGGACGAAGAGGAGGAAGAACGACGCAGUGCUUUGUCUGCUGAGCCCGAUGUGCCCCUUGCUACCAUCGACGCCGGUCGUUCUGGCGAUGUUCAGCCACGAGCCAUGCCCGUGCAGGACCAGCACACGAGCACCAAUAGCUCCUCUGAUACCGAAGGUCUUGAUCUCUCUCACACCCAUCGCCAUCAUCACCUUCACCACCUCGUACCACCUGACCCACUCCUCGCUGCGGUUGGCGCAAGCCCUGUGCGCGGUUCUGGUAAUCACGAAUCCGACCGACUCUCGAUGUCGCACGCUUCGCUCCAUCGACGUCGAAGCACGGAUCGCAGCCUCUACGCCCGCUCUUCUACAGGCGGUGAUCUCCUUCUGGACCCUUCCGCAUGGCACUUUGAUCAGGAACAACACACACGCCUGCGCUCCAUCAUCUCCGACUCGUUAUGGAUGGUAUGGUCGCACUGGACCACAGCGCUCAUCUCUGGCCUCCUCGACGUUUUGGAAGACAGAUUGGCUCAGAUCGAACAGGAGGAUGUGCAAGGACAAGAAGACAGCGAUGGCGACGAGAGUGAGAUUUCGCAGUUGUUGGUGGCCAAAGUGCAGGCCGGGUUGCAGAUCGAACUGGAUGCCAAGGAUAUGGCUUCACUGGGCUUGAGUGCAGGGAACAAGCUCGAUGUGGAGUUGGUCGAGACGUUGGGUUCGCAGUACUUGAGGCUGUUGACGUCGACGCUCUGCGAUGAUGCAAAUGGAGCACAGGCGAGGGUCAAGGUGUACAAAGGCUGGCCGAUGUUCCGUUGGUUGUUGUGA